ACUUGCGCAUUAGUUUUGUCAGCUGCUCUCACCAUGCCGGGUAAUCCUUUUUUCUAAGGCAUACUGGUACAUGAAUGUCAAUAGUUGAUAUAUAACAGCAGUAAGCAUACAUAUGAUCUUCACAACAAAAAGGAUAGUAAAAUACAAGUAAAAAGAAUAAUAAGAUAAAGUCAAUGUAUGUAUACCUCCCUGAUGUUCCUUAACAAGGUCAGGAUCAGCUUUCAACACAGUUAGGGGAGUAUUUGGAAUGAUCAAUUCACCAUCUUCAUUCUCUUUAACCCCCUUCUGAACCCUGGAUCCUUUUGAUUGUAACUUUCUUUUCUCUAUGGUGUGGCACCCGAAUGAAUUUUAAAACAGAAAAAAUAAAAAUAAGAACAACGUAUCUUAUUCUCUCUCAUAAAAAACCUUAAUCUGUUUAAAGUGGCAUUUGGGACUGAUAAUCAUUUCAACUCACCAGUCUAGAUCAAUCAAUUUAAAACACAAUUUCAUUACUUGUGGAUAUUUUGUGUCUAAAGAAUAUAUUUUAAUUAAUAAUUUCGUUACUUUUAAUUUCACUAUGGUGUAUAUUAAUUAUUCUUCUAUGUUUAGCGCCGUUGGCAACUCCCACACCAGUCACUGCUUUGGUUUCCUCACCAUCGUUGUCUCUCUCAUGGCAAUCUAGGUACUUGACUAGUCCCCCUUCUCCUCCUUCAUGUCAUGUUAAAUGGAAGAGGGCUCGAAUGACAUCAUCAGGCCAGUUCACAUCAGAAUCAGCACUUCAAAUUUCUAAGCGCAUUGAUUCCCUGGAGAUGCAGUCCAAACAGGGUAUGUUUCAUUCCGAUGCAGAUUUCGACGGCCCGUCAGGCAGAAAGAAAGGCCCCGGUGAGACCUCCCAAGGAGACCCUACCAUCGACCUAUCUAUUGUCGUCUCCGGUCGUUCGGAUCAGCCACCAAGGCAAGAACCUACAGCUCACGAGCUCGUUCCCAUCUUGACAAAACGAUUAGUUUUGGAUGGCAAUCCUACUUAUUUACGCAAGCUUGUGGACCGAGGAGAAAUCGGCUACCGGCGAGUUGGCGCAGGCAAAGCUCUUACGGCGCGUUCGUUUAACGUUAACGUUCGUUAUUUUCGUGACUCUAUCAAAGAUGUCAUGACCAAAGUGCUUACCGUUCGCUAUGAAAAUCUUGGCGACAUGCGACCUACUGAUAUCACCGCGGAGAUUACAACUUACGUCCCGCAUAUUGCUGACAUUUGCAUGACGGCUCUCUACGCAAAACUACGUAGCAUUAAUCUUGCAUAUGGACAACAUGCAACCAGGUACACUACUGCCCCUAGUUACACUAAGGACAUUGAACUCCCUCUGCCUUUGGCUCUUGCUAUACAGGAAUUUGGCUCUUUCCAAUCUCAUUCUCUGGAAUCCAACCUCAUCAUGAUACCAACCUACCCAGAAGGAACUCAACAUGAAGGUCGUUCCGCUGCUGCUUACCCCUUCGCUGAAUAUUUGACCUACGUACCGACCCUCGCACGUCUUGGGAUUCCCCUGAAGUCCGUUGACGCCGGAGUUAAAACAGGCUCCGCUUGGUGGACCUUUAAACUGGAAGUUAUUUUCGGAUCUGCUGAUUUAAUCUGCACCCUACCUCGCAGCCACUACUCCGACAUGAGCGCACAGCUUAGAAUGCUGUUUAUCGCUGGAGAUGAGACGCAUCCACCUGAGGAUAUCGUCAGUCUCCCUGCCACUUAUAACAACUUCGGCACUCUUGCAAGUCUUAUCACUAAGCAGUACGACAGCCGCACGUUCCUUGCAAUUAUCCAUGGACCUAAAGAAGAAUGGGAUUAUGGCACUGUCUAAUUUCAAGUUUAUUGUAAUUCGAACAAUAUUGGUUCUUUUGCAGCAAACUUUACUGCGCACUCUUUUGUGCAUCUUGUAUUUUGAAUACUUUUGUGGGUGUUUUUUAAAAAGUACUUUGGACAUUGAACAAGGACUGUUUUUGUCUGAAUCUUUUUCAUAGAUAGAGUGAGAUGUUUUCCUAUUUAUAAUGAUGAAUGAGAACAUGUCACUAAACAGAGUACUAGGAUGCUCUGGAAUUUUUUGGGAAGUAUUUGAAUAUUUCAAUCGUGCAAGGGGAAUAUAAAUUUAUAGAACUUGGAAAUGUUCAAGACAUGUAUAGCUGUUUUGAAGAAUUAUAAUAUGUUUCUUUACUAUAUGUUGUGUUCAUGUAAUUUUGUGAUACAAUCAUUGUGCUGAAUUUUCUGUUUCUUAGGCAGGUUACUCCUGAAGUAGUAGGUGGAUAAUAAUUCAA